AUGUCAUUAAAGAUUAGCACCGCCCUUCUUGACUUGAAACAGACGCUUCCUCAACAUUCCACGGGCAGAGAAGACCUCGAGAGCAUUGCACAUAUCAAACAUCUAGCUGCCUUUCUUUACCUUAAUGAACGCCUCGAGGCUGAGCCAGACAUCGACGACAAGAAGAGGCUCGGGGUAUCUGAAGGGUGUAAAAGCCGUCUUAUAUUGUCGAUGAUUAAACUGAUCUCCACACUUCCUGAUAUGGCUACUUUGUUAUGGCCUCUGUUUGUGCUUGGGAACACAGGCCUGGAAAAUGAAGAACAAAGACGCUUUGUUCUGGAUCGGCUGGCCAAUAUCCAGAAGACACGGAAUCUCGGAAGUGUGAGGCGGACAAUUGAUGCUGUGAAACACGCCUUUGUGACGAAGAGUCUAUUUUCUUCGGGCAACAAGGCAUGGGGCCAUGAAACCUACCGCUACAUCAGCCUGGCUUGA